GUACCGUGCACUCUGUCCAGCGCUCCAGUCGUGCCAGAACCACCGACCGACGCGCAUCGUUCGCUGUCGCGUAUACAGUUCGUGCGUAUCGGUGAUACACAGCGACCGUGCUGUACACUCGCUCGUCGCCACCGAAAUUCCGACAGUGCAUUUUUAGCCGAUCCCGUUCAUGAAUCGAACGUGAACCACGUUCGAAUAAUUUUUGUGCGCGAGAGAAUUCGUCGUGUCCGUGACACGUAUUUAAUGUGGAAGAGCUAACGAGCCGAUACGCGAAUCGUUCCUCGUUUUUUCGCCUUUUUCCCUCCCGUAAUUUUACAUCGACGAGAAACGAGACGUCCCGUCGACGCGACGAAGCAAUUUCGGCUUCCUGUUCGUGGAAGCGUUCCGGUGUUCUUGAACCGGUGCGAUACCGCCUCGGAAACGAUUCGACGAUCGGCGACGUGAAGUGCACCGAAAGUGUUGUAACCGCACGGACGGCGAGGAAGUGUAGCCAUGAAUAAUUCACUCGGUUAAAAGGCAGAUCAUCUCCGACUUCGAGGCACCAGAGAAGACACGAGGAAGACAACAGCGUCAAGAUGGGCGAGAUACUCGGCUCGGCGAGCUUCCUCCAUCUGGGCGACAUCGUCAGCCUCUACGCGGAGGGUAGCGUCUCGGGAUUUCUGUCCACCCUCGGAUUGGUGGACGACAGAUGCGUGGUAUGUCCCGAGGCGGGAGAUUUGUCGAACCCACCCAAAAAGUUCAGAGAUUGCCUGUUCAAGAUAUGCCCCAUGAACCGUUACUCCGCCCAGAAGCAAUUUUGGAAGGCUGCGAAACAAAGCGCGAGCGGCACGGAUGCUGUACUGCUCAAAAGACUUCACCACGCCGCCGAAAUAGAAAAAAAGCAAAACGACACCGAGAACAAGAAACUGCUGGGCAGCGUGGUCUCCUACGGCAACGUCGUCCAGCUGUUGCAUCUGAAGUCCAACAAAUUCCUGACCGUCAAUAAGAGACUGCCAGCGCUGCUCGAGAAGAACGCGAUGAGGGUGUACCUGGACGCGAACGGGAACGAGGGCUCCUGGCUCUACAUAAUGCCGUUCUACAAGCUCCGUAGCGACGGGGACAGCGUCGUCGUGGGCGACAAAGUGAUCCUGGAGCCGGUGAACGCCGGCAGACAGGGCCUCCACGUGGCUUCCAACUACGAGCUGAGCGACAAUCCGGGCUGCAAGGAGGUGAACGUCGUGAACACGGCGACAUCGUGGAAGGUGACGCUGUUUAUGGAGCACAGGGAGAACCAGGAGGAGAUCCUGAAAGGCGGGGACGUGGUCAGGCUGUUCCACGCGGAGCAGGAGAAAUUUUUAACCAUGGACGAGUACAAGAAGAAGCAACACGUGUUUCUGAGGACCACUGGUAGGACCAGCGCUACCGCUGCUACCAGCAGCAAGGCUCUGUGGGAGGUUGAGGUGGUGCAGCACGAUCCAUGGAGGGGAGGUGCCGGUCACUGGAAUUCCCUGUUCAGAUUCAAGCAUUUAGCGACGGGUCAAUAUUUAGCGGCCGAGAUCGACACCGACGAACCACGUGAGCCCACAAAAGGCAAGCAUGAUCUGUACGUUGGCUGUACACGCCAAACUGAAUAUAACAGACUCUUACUGUGCCUCGCAGAUCCGCCAGGACCGGUGUACAGAUUAGUAUCAGUUCCACACAGUAACGAGAUUAGUUCUUUGUUCGAAUUGGAUCCAACAACUCUGACGAGAUGCGACAGUUUGGUACCUCAGUCAUCCUUUGUCAGAUUGCACCAUAUAUGUACAAACACUUGGGUCCACUCGACUAGCGUGCCAAUUGAUAAAGAUGACGAGAAACCUGUUAUGUCGAAGGUGAGCUGCGCUACCAACAAAGAGGACAAAGAAGCGUUUGCUCUGAGAUCCGUGUCGCCGGUCGAGGUGCGAGAUCUCGAUUUUGCGAACGAUGCUUGCAAGGUACUGGCCGCAAUAAGUGGUAAAUUGGAGAAGGGUACGAUCUCGCACAAUGAAAGGCGAGCCGUGACCAGUUUACUGCAGGACAUAGUGUACUUUAUAGCCGGGUUGGAGAACGAACAAAACAAAUCCGAGGCGUUAGAGUUAAUUGUUACGAACGCCGUGAGGGACCGACAGAAAUUAUUGCGGGAACAAUACAUACUGGGCCAGUUGUUUAAAAUACUUCAGGCUCCGUUCUUAGAGUCUGCGGAAGGCGAGGGACCAUUUCUUAGGAUAGAGGAAUUGAAUGAUCCGAGGCAUGCACCGUACAAGUACAUGUUUCGUUUGUGUUAUCGAAUACUAAGGCUUUCUCAGCAAGACUACAGGAAAAAUCAGGAAUAUAUUGCCAAACAUUUUGCAUUUAUGCAAAAACAAAUUGGUUACGACAUCCUAGCAGAAGAUACCAUUACCGCGCUAUUGCACAAUAAUAGAAAGUUGUUAGAGAAGCAUAUCACAGCGGCUGAGAUCGAAACGUUCGUUGGUCUUGUUAGGAAGAAUAUGCACAACUGGGAAUCCAGAUUUUUAGAUUAUUUAUCGGACCUGUGUAUCUCCAAUAAGAAAGCGAUCGCCGUGACUCAGGAGCUGAUCUGCAAAAGCGUGCUGAGCGAAAAGAAUAAAGAUAUAUUGUUAGAAACUAGAAUGAUGAAGACUCAGGUUGAAGUGGAAGAACUGGACGAUAAGCAAGAAAACGGUGAACCGCGAAUCACCGUUGUGGAGGAAUUUGAAAUUUUCCUUCUGUGGAAAAAUGCAACGAAAUCAAUGUCUUUGAAUGAAUUAUCGAGAGGGGCGAAAAUAUCCAGCAGUGUUCAGGACGUAGCAAUAUUAGAUUAUUACAGGCAUCAAUUAAAUCUUUUUAGCAACAUGUGUCUGAACAGACAGUAUCUAGCGUUAAAUAAUUUAUCCCCACAUUUGGAUAUCGGUCUUAUACUUAAGUGUAUGGAAGAUGGAACAGUGCCAUAUGAAUUACGUGCAUCGUUUUGUCGACUUAUGUUGCAUCUCCACGUUGAUAGAGACCCGCAGGAGCAAGUAACUCCGGUAAAAUACGCUCGACUUUGGUCCGAAAUUCCUUCGAAAAUGAGUAUCAACGAUUAUGAUGCAAACAGAAUGCGGGAUCAAAAUAAGGAAGGCGUUCGUGCUAAAUUUAGCGCCACUAUAAUGUUCGUGGAAGAUUAUUUAUGCAACGUUGUUGCUAAAAUGUGGUCUUUCGCGGAUCAAGAACAAAAUAAGCUUACGUUUGAAGUUGUCAAAUUGGCACGCGAUUUAAUUUACUUCGGAUUCUACAGUUUCAGCGACCUUUUAAGAUUAACUAAAACGUUGCUCAGUAUUUUGGACUGUAUUUCUGAUAACGACGUCGCCGAAAGGAAAAUUCCAACCGGUGAUAUCGAUUCCGAAGGUGGAGUGCUGAGAUGUAUAGGAGACAUGGGAGCCGUCAUGACAAGUUUAACAUUGGGUUCAGCUGGCCAAGUAUUGGCCGGAAGUACAUCACCAAGACCCAAACCACUCUCGCAGAAAGAAUAUCCCUUGGUGAUGGACACAAAACUGAAAAUAAUUGAGAUUUUACAAUUCAUACUCGACGUCCGACUGGACUAUAGGAUCUCCUGUUUGUUAAGUAUUUUUAAACAAGAGUUCGACGAAACUGAACGAGCUUCCGGUGACUUGAGUCUUGGUCAGAAAACCAUCGACUUAGAAUUGAUAGGUACCCAAGCAGAGGGCAUAUUUGGAAGCAGCGAGGAAUGUGUAGCAUUGGAUCUGGAUGGCCAAGGCGGCAAGACGUUUCUGCGCGUGUUGCUCCAUUUGGCAAUGCACGACUAUCCUCCGCUAGUUUCCGGGGCGUUGCAUUUGCUUUUUAGACAUUUUAGUCAAAGACAAGAAGUCUUACAAGCGUUUAAACAAGUCCAACUCUUAGUAUCUGAUAGCGACGUGGAGUCUUACAAACAAAUAAAAUCUGAUUUGGACGUUUUGCGACAAUCGGUUGAAAAAUCUGAGCUCUGGGUGUACAAGUCUAGAGCUUCUGAAGAACAUGGUAGUGGUUCUGCGAUAGAUUUAGAUAUCGGUCCACCGUUACACUCUGACCAGGCGGAGGAAUAUAAAAAAAUACAGCAGAUUCUAAUUCGUAUGAACAAACUGUGUAUCCAAACGAUAGGUGGUCAGAUAAAACCGCGAAAGCACGAACAGAGGCUUUUACGCAAUGUCGGUGUGCAUACUGUUGUCUUGGACUUGUUGCAAGUUCCGUUUGACGCCAAGGAAGAUGUGAGAAUGAACGAGUUGAUGAGAUUAGCUCACGACUUCCUGCAAAAUUUCUGCUUAGGCAAUCAACAAAAUCAGGUUCUGUUGCACAAGCAAUUGGAUUUGUUUUUGAAUCCCGGUAUACGCGAGGCUCAAACAGUAUGUAGUAUAUUUCAAGAUAAUUCGACGUUGUGCAAUGAAGUGAGCGCCAAGGUCAUACAGCAUUUCGUUCACUGCAUAGAGACUCAUGGGAAGCAUGUGCAAUAUUUAAAGUUUCUUCAAACGGUAGUGAAGGCUGAGAAUCAGUUCAUUAGAAAAUGUCAGGAAAUGGUGAUGCAAGAGAUGGUUCAGUCUGGCGAGGAUGUUCUAGUUUUCUAUAACGAUAGAGCUUCUUUUAAUCAUUUUGUGGAAAUGAUGAGAUCUGAGAGACAUAGAAUGGAUGAAAGCAGUCCGCUCAAGUACCAUGUAGAAUUAGUUAAAUUAUUGGCGUGCUGCACAAUGGGUAAAAACGUUAAUACAGAAAUUAAAUGCCAUAGCCUUCUGCCAUUAGACGAUAUUGUUGUUAUGGUGUCACAUCCAGAUGCUAUACCGGAUGUCAAAGAGGCGUAUAUAAAUUUUCUGAAUCAUUGUUAUAUUGAUACGGAAGUAGAAAUGAAAGAGAUUUAUACGUCGAACCAUAUGUGGUCGUUGUUUGAAAAAUCUUUCAUCGUAGACAUGAGCAUAAUAGCAACUGCCACGCACGAUCGCGAACACGCCGAUACCGCUCUAGAAAAUUAUGUGACGGGCUGCCUAAUGAACAUCAUUACAACGUUCUUUAGCAGUCCAUUUUCAGAUCAAAGUACUACAGUACAGACACGACAACCUAUAUUCGUUCAGUUGCUCCAUGCGGCUUUUAAAGUUUCACAAUGUUCAUGGUUAAAUGCUGGCCAAAGGUUUAAUGUGGAAAAUUGUAUACGGACGUUGUCAGAUGUAGCCAAAGGUAGAGGUAUAGCCAUUCCAACUGAUUUGGAAAGUCAAGUUGCUUCUAUGUUCAAUAAAGCAGCAAUGCUCAGUAGACAAACGAGUAAAUGGCUCCAAGCUGCAAAACAACCGAAAAUAGAACGCACACAAAGCCAGCUGAUGCGCCUGGAUCGAAGUAUCAUAGAAGGAUUGCAGGACAUAGUAUCGUUGCUGGAAGAACAAUUGAAACCUCUAGUUCAAUCAGAAUUAUCUUUAUUAGUGGAUAUUCUCUAUCGACCGGAAUUACUGUUCCCAGCAGCAACUGACGCGAGGAAAAGUUGUGAAAAUGGCGGAUUCAUUAGAAGAUUAAUUAAACAUACCGAGAAAUUACUUGAAGAAAAGGAGGAGAAAUUAUGUGUCAAGGUGCUAGGGACCCUCAGAGAAAUGAUGGCCAUUGAUCCUGAAUACGGGGAAAAAAUCGAAGGUGUCUCGGAAGAAGAAGAAACAGAACGGAAGAUCGAGUCACAAGUUGGAGCCGGGUCUGUUGAUGAGUCUGAGACUCGUCACGUGACUCAGCAAGAGCGGGGUGACGCAUUGAGGAACAAUCUUUUGGCUCGCUAUUUUGGAAAGUCUUUUCUACAGAAGCCAGAAAACGUAGAUAUCGGAGUUUCACAUACUGCACCAAUCACACAUGGGCCAGGGGCGAAACUUUUAAGUCGAGCAGGGCGUACAUUGCAUGAAGUUCAGAGUCAUCUUGAUCGUGAAGGCGCAUCAGAUUUGGUAGUGGAGCUAGUAAUUAAAAGCGUACACUCUCCAAGUAUAUUCGUAGAGGUCAUUGAACUUGGCAUUGCAUUGUUGGAAGGAGGGAAUCCUAUUAUACAAAAGAGCGUGUACAAUAAACUAAUGGGUGAUGACUUGAGUCAGUCAUUCUUCAAGGUCUUUUAUGAUAAGAUGAAAGAUGCCCAACAGGAAAUUAAAUCCACAGUAACAGUAAACACUUCCGACAUAGCAGCAAAAGCUAACGAGGAUAAGGAGCAGAACAAGGAAAUAGAAAAGAUAUCAAAGAAACGCACAUCCGGGAAACCUAACGGGAUUGUAAUAACGGAUGAGUUACGAGAGGAACUGAAUCAGGCUGCUUCGUCCACCGUACAAGCGUACGCGAAUGUGCGUAAUCUCGCUUCCGGUGAGGAUGCAACAAACAACGCAGCGCUUGGUAGCGCGUUAGAAGACAUGAUAGCUGAGAAAUUGGAGAGGCAUCGUACUGGAACAAGUGGCGCAGAAAGGGACGAAGGGCAAUUGAGCGUGAAAGUUUUAGUGAUGCAACCGAUUUUACGGUUUUUGCAAUUAUUAUGUGAAAAUCAUAAUCGCGAUUUGCAGAACUUCCUCCGCAAUCAAAACAACAAGACUAAUUUCAAUUUAGUGUCAGAAACCCUCAUGUUUUUGGACUGCAUUUGUGGCUCAACAACUGGUGGAUUAGGAUUGCUGGGGUUGUACAUCAAUGAACAUAAUGUUGCAUUGAUUAAUCAGACCUUGGAGACGUUGACGGAGUAUUGCCAGGGACCAUGUCACGAUAAUCAAAAUUGCAUUGCUAUUCACGAGUCCAAUGGAUUAGAUAUAAUAACUGCCUUGAUUCUGAACGAUAUUAAUCCUUUGGGGAAGACCAGGAUGGACUUAGUGUUAGAAUUGAAGAAUAACGCUAGCAAAUUGUUAUUAGCUAUAAUGGAGAGCAGAGGUGAUAGCGAGAACGCAGAGAGGAUUCUGUACAACAUGAAUCCGAAACAGUUGGUCGACGUCGCGUGUCGCGCGUUCCAUCAAGAAUCUUUGGACGACGACGGCGACGUCGAUGAUUCGUCUACGGAUGGCGAAGAAGGAGUGUCGCCCAAAGAAGUCGGACAUAAUAUUUAUAUCCUGUGCCAUCAAUUAGCGCAACACAACAAAGAGUUGGCGUCCAUGUUGAAACCUUCCGAGCAGAACAAUGCCGAUCCAAAGAUAAACAAGGCAUUGCAAUAUUAUGCAACUCAUACGGCUCAAAUAGAAAUUGUUAGGCACGACAGAACGUUGGAGCAAAUUGUAUUUCCAAUUCCAGAAAUUUGUGAACUCAUCACUGUAGACACUAAAAUCAAAGUGUUGCAUACCACGGACCGUGAUGAUCAAGGAUCUAAAGUAUCUGACUUCUUUGAAAGAACCGAGGACAUGUUCAAUGAAAUGAAAUGGCAGAAAAAACUUAGAGGUCAACCAGUAUUAUUUUGGAUGAGCAGUUACAUGUCAUUAUGGAGUAAUAUUUUAUUCAACUGUGCAGUACUCAUAAACCUUAUUGUAGCUUUCUUUUAUCCAUUUGUCGAUUCUGUGCCUAAAUUAAGUUCACACUUGUCGGGUCUCAUUUGGACGGUGAUGCUUUCGUCCUCGGUUAUUAUCAUCACGUUACCACGGGAAUCUGGUAUACGUACGUUGGUAGCUUCAACAAUAUUACGACUGAUUUUUUCCAUAGGACCGGAACCAACAUUAUGGUUACUCGGUUUUGUUACGGUUGUAUUAAAAGUUGUACAUCUUAUAAGCAUUAUAGGUAAUCAGGGCACUUUGACGAAGAGCUUAGAGCAAAUAGUGACGAAUGUUGAAAUUUUGUACCAUAUGUCGUAUCUUAUGUUUUGUGUUCUUGGGAUUUGUAUGCAUCCAUUUUUCUACUCAGUUUUACUGUUUGACGUAGUAUAUCGCGAAGAAACGUUGCUCAAUGUAAUAAGAUCUGUUACAAGAAACGGGAGAUCAAUUAUACUCACUGCUGUACUGGCAUUAAUUCUAGUUUACAUGUUCUCCAUUAUUGGGUUCAUGUUUUUCAAAGAUGAUUUCUUAGUGACCGUCGAUGAGGACGUUAUGUCAUCAUACACGGAAGGAAACACAGGCACAUGCAAUAUCGCUGAGAACGAGAAAUGCGACGCAACGGAAACAGUGUCUCGAUACAGUCGCGAAGCUAAUGACAAAGAUAGUCAAUCGGAACUAAUUAAUAUAGGAGGGGACAUGAAGGAACGGGCAUGUGAUUCCUUAGUUAUGUGUAUUGUUACCACGUUGAAUCAAGGUUUAAGAAAUGGUGGUGGUAUAGGAGACAUUUUACGAGCACCGUCCAGUACAGAGCCGUUGUUUGUUGCUAGAGUUGUAUACGAUUUACUGUUCUUCUUCAUCGUAAUAAUUAUUGUUUUGAAUCUCAUUUUCGGUGUUAUCAUUGACACGUUCGCCGAUCUCAGAUCAGAGAAGCAACAAAAGGAAUUGAUUUUAAAGAACACUUGCUUCAUAUGCGGUUUGAAUAGAUCGUCGUUCGAUAAUAAAACGGUCUCUUUCGAAGAGCACAUAAAGCACGAGCAUAAUAUGUGGCAUUACUUGUAUUUCAUCGUUCUGGUAAAAGUGAAAGAUCCAACAGAAUUCACGGGGCCCGAGUCGUACGUCUACGCCAUGGUCAAGGAUCGUAAUCUCGACUGGUUCCCGCGAUUGAGAGCCAAAUCGUUGGCGGCGGACGAGGGCGAGGGGGAACAAGUAGAGUUAAGAAGUUUACAGUCUCAGUUAGAGUCUACGCAAGAUUUAGUGAAGUGUUUGUCGCAGCAACUUUCCGAGCUUCGCGAUCAGAUGACGGAGCAACGAAAACAGAAACAGCGGAUAGGCCUCUUGAAUUCUCUCGAAUGCUCUUGAAUUGUCUUUUAAAAGUUUUUAUGAAUCUCAAUUUGAUACUCCCCGAGUUGAUAUUUGAUGCGUAAGUUUUGUGUUCUUAAUAAGCAUUUAAAGACACAGAAUGUACUAUGGAGAGUAACACGAAGCAUUUGUACGGUUUUGUUCCUAAUUUUAACGAAAGUGAUUUACGUAAGUAAUAGUAUCAUUCAAAUCUAAUAAGGACAAUAUUUUAGUUUUAUUCCGCUUAAAAAGA